AUGAAACCUUUACGAUAUGCGCACAAUGACGGCCACACUGACCUAUGUUUUGAUGAUUCCGGAAGAUAUAUGUUGACUUGUGGUACAGAUGGUGAUGUUAGAAUAUGGCAGGGUAUUGAUGAUGAUGACACUAUAUCACACAGAGCUGGUGAUACUGUUUAUUCUAUAGCUUUUAAGAAUGGAAGAUUUUUUACAGCAUCAGACAGUAAUUCUAUACAAGCUAAUACAUUUCCUGAUGGUUUACCAGAUGGCAUUGUUACCAGAUUUACUGCAUCAAUUAAUCACAUGGUUCUUAAUGAAUCUGGAACCACGAUGGCUGCUGGAUCAAGUGAUUUUACUAUCAAAGUAGUUGAUAUUGAAAGUAGUAACCAUAAAGUAUGCCGUGGACAUGAAGCUCCUGUUUUAAGUUUAGCUUUAGAUCCUAAACAAGAAUAUUUGGUGACUAUUGGAUGUAUUGAUGAAUUAAUGUGUGUUAUAUUUCAGAGUAUUAAUGUAAUGUGUAUCAAUAAAGAUCAACAAUAUUUAGCUAUUGGAUGUAUUGAUGAAUUAAUGUGUGUUAUAUUUCAGAGUAUUAAUGUAAUGUGUAUUAAUGAAGAUCAACAAUAUUUAGCUAUUGAUGAAUUAAUAUGUGUCAUAUUUCAGAGUAUUAAUGUAAUGUGUAUUAAUAAAGAUCAACAAUAUUUAGCUAUUGGAUGUAAUGAUGGGUUGAUUGCUAUAAUAGAUUGGAAGAAAAACAGAUUCCUUACAAGGUACAUCCAUGAAAAGAAUUUAAAGAUAACAGCUAUUGCUUGGAACCCUUCUGAAAAUAAUCAGAUUGCUUUCUGUGAUGUUAAGGGCCAGUUAGGCGUAAUUGAUGAAGCUGUAUCGGAAACUGAUAAUCAAACUACAGAAGGAGAGUUUGAAGGUGUAUUUGAUGAUGAUGAUGAUAUGUUAAUACAAGCUACUGCUGAUAAACAAUGUAUAUUAGAUAAUGAAGCUAGUGAAGAUGUAUAUUUUGUAGAUUUCUUACAAGAUGUUAAAAAUGACAUUGAUGAUGAUAAAAGUAGUAUUGUCAGUUCUGUUAUACCACCAGUUAGACCUAUUACAGAUAGUUAUAAACCUACCCCAUUACAAAAACCAUUUCAAUCAGCUUCUACACCAUUACAUCUCUCUAGUAGAUUUAUGAAAUGGAAUAGUAUUGGUAUAAUCAGACAGUAUAAUACAGAUGAAGAAACAUCAAUAGAUAUAGAAUUUCAUGAUUCCUCUACACAUCAUCCUAUGCAUAUCACCAAUAACAUGGAUUAUACCAUAGGAGACUUGUCAUCACAAGCUGUUGUUUUAGCCUCUCAAGGUGAAGAUGGUAAUCCAAGUAAAUUAACAUGUCUCCAUUUUGGAUCCUGGGAUAAUUGUAAAGAAUGGACAGUUACAAUGGAUGAUGAUGAAGAUAUUCAGGCAGUAACUAUAGGUGAUAACUGGUUAGCUAUUGGUACCUCAUUACGUAACAUUAGAUUAUUUACUAUAGCUGGUAUUCAACUUGAUAUAUUGACUAUACCAGGUCCUAUCAUUACCAUGGCAGCUAAAAAUAACAAACUGAUUAUUGUCUACCAUAAAGGAAUGGGUAUAGUAGGUGAUCAAUUAUUGGGUGUGACAUUAUUAUCUAUAGGACGCAAUGUUAAAACAAUAUUUAAUAAUUUAACACUACCACUAUCUCCUAAAUCAACACUCACAUGGAUUGGCAUUAAUUUGCACCAUUCAAAUUUUCAAUCAGGUGUCUGUGGUUCCUGCAAUUCCACUAAACCUAUGUGUUUGAUCUCUAUGGAUUCAUUAGGUAUAUUACGUAUUUAUAAUACAUCAAUAGGUUUACAAUGGACACAAGUUGCCAAUACUAAAGAUCAUGCUAAAGGUAAAUCUGAUCAUUAUUGGAUUGUCAGUCUUCAUGAAAGUCCACAACAAUUAAGAUGUAUACCAUGUAAAGGAUCACGCUAUCCACCAACAUUACCCCGUCCUGCUGUAGCUAUAUUACCAUACCAAUUACCAUUAUGUGAAAUGACCACAGAGAAGUCACAAUAUGAGGAAUGUUUAUGGAGAAAUAGAAUAUUUAGUUAUAAUCUACCAGUAAAUAGUUAUGACAGAGAUGAUAUAUUGAAGGAAUCAGAAGGUGCUUUGAUGAAAUUAUUUGCUUUAUCAGCUAAAGCUGACAGAGAACAUAGAGCUAUAGAAGUAUGUAAAUUAAUGUCUGAAAACACUUUACAAUUGGCUAUAAAAUAUGCCAGUAGAGUUCGUAAAUUACAACUAGCAGAAAGAAUUAGUCAGUUAGCUCAAGAAAAAACACAAGAAGAAGAUGAAAUUGAAGAAGAUAAUUUAUUACAUACCAAGUGA